AUGGAGUUUGAGCUCAUGGAGAAUGACAUCCUAGAGUCGCUGGAAGACCUCGGGUAUGUAUGAGAGCAAAUAUGUCUAAAUAACUUGUACUUUGGAUUUUUUUAAAAAAAGCUUUUUUUUUGUUAUGUGUCCUCACCCCCGUGCUCUGUGUUUUGUGGGGCAGUUAUUUACAGUACUAAUCAUCACUAAAUUCUUGAAGUGUUUUUGGAGGGGGGGGGAGUUGCGUUGGAGGUGGGGAGGGGAGGUUAGUGCUCAGUGUUAGAAAAAGGCAGUAUCUAUAGUGGUUUCUUAACAAGAUAACAUUCUGCACAUUGAAAGAUCCAUUCUCUUUGGCCUAGUAAACAGUCUCGAACCAUAUGAUUUAUUUCUGAAAUAGAGCAGCUGUGGAGAUGAACUGGAUUGGAAACCACUAUGAGCUUUAUUUUGGAGGAGGGUUUUGAUUUGGACCAAUUAGCAGAAUAACCUGAUAUUUUACCAAAAGCGUCUUAUCAUUUGCAUCAAGAUGGGUAUACUGGUCUGAGGUUCUGAAAUGAACAAAAGUAUAUCAUCUGCAAAUGAAACUAACUUACAUUCAACUGAAUUAUGAACUGCUUUGUGAAUCUCACAGCGUUGUCUAAUAGCACUAAAAAUGCUUGAAAAUGCAAGUCAACCGUCUGCCUCCACCACCUUUCAAGGCAUCCCAAGAUCACAGAGUAUUUGGUGUUACUGCCGUGUGCUGUGCAUGAAGGCACAUUCAUUCAGCAGACAUAAAAAAAAUCUAUCUGGCAGUCCAGCAUCAUUUAAAAAACCUCCACAAAGAAAUUUCUACAAUGCUGACUCCCCACCACCACCUCAGUGCUCCUUCUCCAUAAUAUUUACUGUUAUUCCCUAUAAAUAUAUUCUACAAUAUGAAUCAGUUGUCAUUCAUCCUUCCCUUUUAGCACAAAGUAUUUCUCAUGCUGCAGCCCUACACAUAUGUAAAAGUAAGCCUAAAUGAACACAGUGAGACAUAGUACCAAGGAAACCUGCCUAGACUAAUGUUAAUCAUGCUUUAGCCUUUUCUAUGAGGCAAGUGUGAUGCUCCGUUUAUGUGGUGUGGGGACUAGUAAUGCUAUUUCUCUCUUGUACCCACACCAUUAAAAGCAUACUGUACAAAAGGUUCUCAUUGCUUUUGGAACAUUUCUCUAGCUGCUGCUGCUGCUGCUGCUUCUUUUUUGUAAGAUGGCACAAUUCCUGUAGUUUUUGUUUUGAUUUGUUUGGCUUUUCAGGAAAAAAAGAUGAUAAGCUAGCAAGUAUUUAGAAAUACCUGCUGCAGAAAAUUUUAAAAUGCCUGCAACAGAGGAUUUUGCUUACUGUUGCAAAUCUUCUGAGUUUUCUGUAAAUAGUAGUAAUAGAUAAUACACUAUGAAUGGUAAGGAAUUUUGUCAUGUGUGUUCUCAAAAACAAAUUUGUUUGCAUUAUUCAGUAAAGACCUGGAUUGGGAUCCAAAGAAGUGCUGAAAGUGCAUGCAUGGGGUAGUACUGUGAGUACAGUGGUUCCCAGUUUGAAAGAGAAAAGCUGCUUUUAAAGCAGAACAGGGGCUUAUCUCUUUGGCAUUGUUAUGGCUGGCUGGGCAGUUGUCCCAAAACAUCUGCACCAGUUCUUUGAAUUCUCUCCUUGAUUCUGUUGUUCAGGGACGUGGUGGUGGGGAGAAGUAGCAUGCUAGUGCAGCCAAAAAUGAAUGUAUAUUUCCCCCUUAUCUUCACUACUAUACUUUUAUUGUUGUUUAGAUGUAUCUUACAUCUCCAGUUUAAAUGCAAUCCAGCAGCUGACAAAAAGAGGACAGUUCCUUGCUCCAAGGAGCUUAUAAUCUAAACUUUGCAAGGGCAAGGAGCAGUAGAGGAAGGACGAAAGGGACAAAGAGGCAAGGGCAUCAGACAUUAGGGAGAAGAAGGAAUGAGAAGAUUGUGAGCAAAAAAAUAAAGAUGCUGAUGAGGAUAUAGACUUCAAUUCAAAGCAUGCGAAUUUGAAGGAAGUACCUUUGAAAUCACUGGUGUUCCAGAUAAAUAUAUGGAACUGUUAGUGGUGUUAUCACCAAAUAUGCAUGGAUUACAUACCUCAGAAAUUGUACAGUGGCUUUUAAUAACAUGUUCUUUUUUUUUUGUUUGUUUGCCAGUUACAAAGGCCCAUUGUUAGAAGACGGUGCUCUGACCCAGGCAGCUUCUGGGGGGGCCAGUUCCCCUGAAUAUACUAAACUCUGUGCUUGGCUAGUGUCAGAGUUAAGGCUAUUUUGCAAACUAGAAGAAAAUGUGCAAGCGACUAACAGUGAGUAAUCAUGAGUCUGACACCAUUGAUUUAUUUGUGCCUUUCAUAUUAACUCUGAAAACGUGUGCUGGUAUAGAUGCUUCCAAAACUGAUGUGAUAGGUUUUUCAUAUGCAAGUUGAACUUCUCAGGAAGCUGAAUACUGUGCCCAAUGCCACAUUCUGUUUUUGCCUACAUACUCAUGGAAUCAAUUUUACUAGUUGACUUCCACUAUAUUUCGUACAAGUGAGCUCCCGCCCCCCGUGUUCAUUUGAAGACACUAUUUUUGCCAUUCUGUAUCACCUGAGUUCUUAAUUUUGUUUGAAAUGUUAAUAAUAUUUUUGAGGUUUUUUAAAAAAGGAAAUAGGCUAUUUUAAUAUUCAGCCUUGAAUCUUGAUAACAUGUAUGGAAGCAGUCUCUUCAUAAUGUAACUUUGUUUUAACUCGUGGCAAAGAGUUAAUAGUUGAACCUCUUAAAUGAAAAUGAUCUAUGUCUUAAGGUCCCACUGAAGCCGAUGAGUUCCAGCUUGAAAUGAGUGGGUUACUGGGCGAAAUGAACUGCCCAUAUACAACACUAAUAUCAGGAGACGUCACCAAGCGCCUUCUCAAUCAGAAGAACUGCCUGCUGCUGCUCAGUAAGUUGAAAAUAACAAAAUAUUUUUGUUCCUUUUUGUGCCACUGUGGAGAUAAUUAGGAUACUUGUCCUUUCGCUGAUGCUUCUUAAGAACUUAUGAUACUAUGAUAUUUAGAAAGAGAAUAUAGUCGGAUCUGUUGAAGCUUUGGAUUCAUAUCGUCUGUAUCGUAUUGGAAACUGUCCAAGUAAAAACAACAACCACCAAGCAUUUUUCUCUUUGCUUGUUAUGAACAAACUUUGUCAGCAUUUGAAAGUGAAAAGACAUCUCAUUCAGAAGUGAUGUAGGAAGGAAUAGCAGCUCUCCCCAGCUAUAAGAACCAUCCUGCUCUUGGGAGAGAUCUAGCUCCCCCCCCCCAUUUGUGCUUUCUCUGUGCUGUCUUAGUACAGAGUUGUAAUUGAUAUUUAUGUUAAUAGAAUCAUAGAAUUGGAAGGGACCACAAGAGUCAUCUAGUCCAACCCCUCCCCUUGCAAUGCAGGAAUCUUUUGCCCAGCAUUGCGCUUGAACCCAUAACCCUGAGAUUAAAAGUCUCACACUCUACUAUAUUCUUAUGUAAACUGCUUUGUGAGGUUUCCUUGAAAAGCAGUGUUUAAAUAUCUAAAUAAAUAAAUCACUUUCUACAAAGGCAUGCCAUGCUUGCUUGAGCACUGUUACCCUUAGCAGAUCUGCCAUUUGGUAUUCGGUUUUUUAGAUCCUUGUCUUAUCUGAACCUCACCUCUCAUUCAGUUAACAUAAAUAUGUUAUGGAAUCCAGAAUAGUUUCUUUUAUGUUCACAGCUAACUAAGGCAGAUUUGUUAAAAGGUGCUAAAUUGUAGCUUUUCUUCCUUCAGCAUACCUCAUCUCAGAACUAGAAGCUGCCAGAAUGCUCUGUGUGAAUGCUCCUCCCAAAAAAGCCCAGGAGGGGGGUGGUAGUGAAGUCUUUCAGGAGCUGAAAGGCAUAUGUAUUGCUUUGGGCAUGUCCAAGCCUCCUGCCAACAUAACUAUGUUCCAGUUCUUCAGUGGAAUAGAAAAAAAGGUAAGAACUGAGGGUUUUGAGGUACAUAGGCUUGGAUCCAUGAUUUACAGCUGUCAUCCUACCGCAGUGGAAUGGCAUUCUGAAGAGAGCCUGGCACUCAGAAGUGACUUUUCUGGGAGCAUGAUGGACUAUGGCAAGAAUAGAUAGGUGGGAAAGCUCGAAUGCGUAUAUAGAGCACCGUAAGCAAGCCCUGGGAUCUAAGCUCUCUUAUUCAUUAGGCUUUUGUUUUUAUGUUUACUUAAUAGAUUUAUAUGCUGCUCUUCAGUAAACAUAUUUCAGGGCUGCUUACAAAUAAAACAAUAAGAUACAAAGGAAAAUACAUUGUUUAAAGCAAUGUAUUCGAAAUACUGCAGAUAAAGUAGCAUAAAACGUACAAUGGGUAAAAUUAGGGAGUGAAAAGGCCAGGAAAGGAAAGGUGCUGAAAAGACAUUGGAAUAGGCACCAGGCAAGCCGCCUUGGAGAGAGCAUUCCACUAAUGUAGCCUGCCCAUAGAUAUUAAUGGAGUGAUCAGAAAUUUUAAUGUAGCUAGGGUUGGGCACAAGAACGUCCCCACUGCAAAACAAACAACCGGCCAGUGAGAAUUAAGCAUGCUCAGUGGACAAAGAAUGUUCACUGGCGGGAAUGGAAUGCAGCUCCUGGAACCCUGAGCAGAAGCACUCACUGCAACUUAUUUUUCCCGAGACAUACGGUUAAGAGGCUUUCAUUCUUGAAUUGAGAAUUUUUUUAAAGUUGUCUGUCCUUCCCACAUUAAUAAGAGGUUGUUUACUGAUGUCAUAAUGAUGUUAUUAAAGAAUUGCAGAAGAUUCUUAUUUUAAACCAACACAAUUAUCUGAAAAUUUUAGGAAUGUAUUCUUUUGUGUAGCUUCUAUUAUGUAUGAAGCAUUCAAAUUCCCCUUCCAAAUGCAUAUGUUUGGUGGGGAAGAGAGCAAGCAUUCACUGUACGAUACUGUGCUAUUCUAUACUAACAUAGUAUUUUUUUUAUUACAGUUAAAAGAAACAUUAGCAAAGGUUCCUGCAAAUCAUGUAGGAAAACCUUUACUGUCAAAACCACUGGGUCCAGUUCAUUGGGUAAGUCGUAUGUCUGUAAAACUCUUUUUAUUCUAUCCUUGACUCUUUUUGUUUUAUAUAUUUUCUUUCGUGUACAUUAAGCAAAGCUGUGUGAUGAUUUUUCUCAAGGCCUAGCCAGUUCUGAUCAAGUUCUCAGUUUUACUUAGAGUGAAGCAAAAUGCAUUUGAGAAAAUAGAUUCUUGAUUGUCCCAAGUUCAACACAUUCAAAUUCACAAUUGAUAGUUAGAUCUUGACAUCCCUCAGGAAUGCAGGAUGAGGAACCCCAUAUUUAAGGAUGAUAUUAAACCAUAAUUAAAGAAGCAAUGCAACUUGGGGCAGGGACAGUUCAGCAGUGUGUGAUAUUUAUACACCUAUAAAUAGAAGGUUACAGAGGAUCUGGGUCUUUAGACAUCCUGAUAUGGGGAAGCUUUUACAGUGGUACCUCUAGAUAAGAAUGGGAUCCGUUCCGGAGCCCCGUUCACAUCUAGAAGCAAACGUAACUAGGGACGGCAUGUCUGUGCACGCACACGUCGCUUUUCGCUGCUUCUGCGCAUGCGCAUGGCAUCAUUUUGAGCAUCUGCGCAUGCACAAGUGUCGAAACCCGAAAGUAACACGCUCCGUUACUUCUGGGUUGCCGCGGAGUGCAACUCGAAUGCGCUCAACCCAAAGCGCAUUCAACCUGAGGUAUGACUGUACUCCAAGUUUUCAAUGAUGCUGAGCCAUUGUUUGGCAGGAACUAUAGCCCAUCCUAAAAUUAGUCUUGGCAUCCCCAGUAAAGUUUUUAAGCAGGAGCUGCAGAGGUCCUUUUUCUUAUUCUGCAGCUAAUUACUUAGAACAUUCCAUCUGAUGCUUCUCUUCCUGGCAUUUGUUCUUAAUAUGUAUAGUUGUGUUUAUUUUAUAGAUAAGAAAAUGUAAACCUUGGCCUUCCAUUACAGUCACAGCACUAAUAGGAACAUUGAUAUUAUAGUUCUUCUAGGAAUCAGUGUUAGUUUUAUCAAUUUGCAUUUAAAACUUUUGAAUCUUUAUGGAACUGUUGUGUUCUUGAUUGUCAGCAAGAUGAAGGCUACUUUAAUUCUAGAAUUUUCAAAAUUUUAACAUCUUUGAGGUAGUGCUGGAGGAUACAAUGCUGUCUUCCACUGAGAAACACCAUGGGACUUUUUCCUCUUCUGUUAUUUGCAUAUCAAGUAAAUGUGAAUUGAAUGAUGGAUUAACCACCAAGGUCUGGUCUGCAUGUAACACUUGUGGUUUCAUAAACUGUAGUUGAUCAAGCCAGGAAAAAUUGUUGACUCUUGUACUCUCCCUUAGCUUUCCCGUCUUGCUCAGUGACUUUGACCAUUUGGUCCUGACCUCUUUAAAGUAUGGUUUUCUGUUGCAUCCAAAAUGGGGAGCAGUCAUUUGAUGUUGGUUUACUUGCUAGGAAUCAGACCGUGCUUUAAAAUUGUAAACUAACAUUAAACUGCAAGUCCCCAUUACAGUGGAACCAGGGAACUAUGGUGUUAAGAGACUGGGAUCGAAACCCCCCGAUUAGCAACAUGAUUGGGGAGCACAUGGGCCUGAGAUGCUGUUUCUUGGCUUAGUACGCUAGUACAUUGCACACUAGGAAUGCCUUGGCUGAGAACCAGUGUAAUAUGUGAUAUGCAUUUUUAUUUCAGGAAAAAAUUGAAGCUAUUAAUCAAGCCAUAGCCAAUGAAUAUGAAGUCCGGAGGAAAUUGUUAGUGAAGCGUCUGGAUGUGACUGUCCAGUCGUUUGGCUGGUCAGAUCGAGCAAAGGUACAGUGUACAUUCUGCAACUUACUUUGGCCUUGCAAAGAACUUUUUUUCUCUCUGUUGCCAAAAAACCUCUCUGAUGGCGCUAAUGGGGGUGGAAGUAGCCCAUAAUUUAAUUGACUUGUCUCUGAAUAUACUAAGCACUUUUGUUUAAAGCUUAUAUUUCAUUUGGUAACUCUUUUGUUGACACUUAGGAGUAAAUUUAAUCAUCAGCUGUGUACUUGUGCUAGGGGCAAGUGAAAACUUCCGUGUAGCUCACUGCGUAUCUGCAUUUCACAUGUGUUGCCAGUAGAAGAAUGUCAUCGCGAAAGGAUUAUUACCACUUUGCACUUUUCCGCUUCUAAUUGAACAGUUACCCCAUAGCAUCGCUAAUCAUUUGCUUCGCAAAAUGUACCCCAAUCACUAUAUUACGGUGCCUCAUAAAUAUUUAUUUUGAACCAUUUUUUCUCAGGAGAGCUGUAAAUGGGGGAAACUGCAGUUUUAAAAUGCAGUCUGAACAAGUUUCAGAAAUGCAGAAUGAGAUACAGACUUGGAAAAUGGUUGGCAAAAUAGGUAGAGGAAGAACAAAAUAACAUUGGAGAUAACUUCAAAGCUGGAUUUACACCUUAUUUAUAUAAGCUGGUAUAUUGUCCCAUUAGGCACUUUCCCAUCAGCUCAUACAGCAUUUCUCAUGAAUUGUUAGUCGCCUGCCAUGUGGGCCUUAAUCUGUCCUUGGAGCUGUUGUUUAAAAUGGUAAAUAAUUAAUUUUUAGCUGAAUGUUUGUUUACAUCUGUUGACUCUCUUCUUUUUUGGAUCACAGAGCCAAACAGAGAAAUUGGCUAAAGUCUACCAGCCGAAGCGUGCCACCCUUACUACCAAAUGCGCUAUAUCUGUCGCUCACCUCUUGGCAGCUCGGCAAGACUUGUCAAAGAUUAUGAGGACGAGCAGCGGGUCCAUCAGAGAAAAGACUGCAUGUGCUAUUAAUAAGGUACCUUUGUUACAUUGAUAUAAUUUAGUUCCUACUGUGCUGUGGAUAUUGUUGUUUUUUUAGGUGGUGACCAGUGUAUGCUAGCCCCAAAGUACCCAUGCGAAGUGUUGAUGCUGUGCCUGUUUUCUAAUGCACUGCCACUCCCCUAUAUCUCAUGCUUCCACUGUGUAGUCAUUUAGGUAUCCCAAACAAAGGCCCCACUAUACAAGGACCACCACUACCUCUUCAAGACUAAUUAUUUUCAGAAAUGAAAAAAAUACAGUCAAAGCGUCCGUAGAUUUAAAGCAAAAGAGCAAUAUAUCGCUGAGUCCCAAAAUGUAAAAUCUAUCUGGAAGAUACCUUAUGUCAAUAAGAGAAUAUAUCUAACAGAAAAUUUAAAAAUGAAACGUAAUGGGCAAGGAAGCCCAUUUUUUCUGCAUUCCAGAUGUGGACCAUCUCUGUCCCUAAGCACUGCUAUAAUAAAGGAUUGUAUCUUGAUCUGCUGAAAGAUCCUUCCCACCCCCCUUCUUCAGUACAUCACCUCUGUACACUUCCAUUUCAACUCAUUUUUUAAAAAUACAGUGUUUUCAGAUUAUUAAAUAGUGUUAUAAAUUAUUCAGGUACCAGGCAUGCUUUGUGACUGGCGUGGGUCCAGUUGCAAUCCCAUGGAGAUCUCUGGAUGCCAGGUUGGCGACUGGGAAAAGCAAAAUGUCACUUAGACUCAGGUCCUUAGAGAAGAAUCUGAAAUAUUUUCCUUGAAGUGUGAAUUUGUUUUAUUCUGGAUUGCUUUAUUUGAUGUGUUGUAAACCACUUUUAGAUUUGUUCUUUAAACUAUAAAGUGGUAUAGAAAUGAAAUGAAUAAUAACAUCAAUUGCAGAAAAAGCACCUAGACAUUCCAUUGUGGCACCCAUAACCUAGGUUUAAGGUGCCAUUUGGCGAUUAGCUUAGAUAUCAGAGUUUUUAACACUGUAAGUAGUGCAGUUCUUCCCUUAUGUUAAUUCUUCCAACACAUUGGCUUCUUUUACUUUUAGGUAUUAAUGGGCCGAGUGCCUGACAGAGGUGGCAGACCCAACGAAAUUGAACCUCCUCCUCCCGAAAUGCCACCGUGGCAAAAAAGGCAAGAUGGUCCUCAGCAGCAAAGUGGUGGAGGCAGGGGUGGCAGAGGUGGCUAUGAGUCGUCCUACGGAGGUCGUGGAGGUUAUGAGCAAGGGGGCCACGACCGAGGAGGCCGCGGAGGAUAUGACCAAGGAGGCUAUGACCGUGGCAGCCGCGGAGGGUACGACUCAUCCUACGGAGGCCGUGGAGGCCAUGAACACGGGGGUCAUGAGCGAGGAGGGCGAGGACGUGGUGGCUAUGACUAUGGAGCCAGAGGGGGAGGCAGAGGAGGCAAACCCCAAGGAGGCUGGACUGAUGGUGGAGGAAGUGGCUAUCAAGAUGUCAACUAUAGGGAUAGUAACUACAGAGACGCAAGCUUUCAAACUGGGGGUUAUCACGGUGGUGGCGGCUAUCAAGGAGGUGGCUAUGGUGGUUAUCAAUCUUCAUAUUCAGGAAGCGGAUAUCAAGGUGGUGGCGGCAGCUACCAGCAAGACAACAGAUAUCAAGAUGGGCACUCCAAUGAUCGAGGUGGAGGCCGCGGAGGAGGCCGCGGCCGUGGUCGUGGCGGCCGUGGCGGGCAAGGAGGUGGCUGGGGGGGAGCAAGAGGUGCACAGAACUUUAAUCAAGGGGGGCAGUUUGAGCAGCACUUCCAACAUGGGGGAUAUCAGUACAAUCAGUCUGGAUUUGGACAAGGAAGACACUUCACAAGCUGA